AUGCCAGCUGCGCUGUCACUAUGUCAACAUUUCUCCCAUCUUUCAUACUUCCCGCAUGCCCUUGAAAUCCUCCUUCACCACGUUUUGGACGACGAAGUCGACAAUGUAAGUCGAGAUAGCAAAAUAGACGACCCUUCGCAAAAGCACGAUCCUCUGCUUCCAUCGGUCAUCUCCUUCCUUCAAACCUCCCUUCCUGCGCGGGUGUAUUUGGACAUUGUCGUUCAAUGCACGCGGAAAACCGAACUUCGUUCAUGGCGCACUCUUUUCAACUAUCUCCCACCUCCAAGAGACCUGUUUGAGCAGGCUCUCAGGCUCGACUCCCUUAAGACAGCCGUCGGCUACCUUCUUGUGCUGCAGGCGUUUGAGGAUGAUGAUGGUCAUGAGGCACCUAUUGAAGACUAUGUCGUUCGAUUGCUCGUGCUGGCCUCGCAGAAAGGCGAGUGGGAACUCUGCGCCGAGCUGGCAAGAUUCCUCAUUGCACUCGACGGGUCUGGCGAGAUGCUUCGACGAGCUAUUGACCGAACGGGUCUUCGAAACGGGGGUCUCCCAGGGGCCGGCCUAAAUGGAUCCGGAACGAGCAUGAAAGGUCUCGGCCUAGCAAUCACACCGUCUUGGUCAUCACUAUCUGCCGCAUCAUCCAUCUCGCCCCGUCAAAGCAUCUCCCGCCAGGGGAGCAACACAUCCCGAACCCCGGACAGAAUGGACAGCGUUGACGAAGUUUCGUGA